AUGUCGCGGCUUCGCCGCCGCACUUUCCUGCUAUUCAGUGGCGUCAUAAUAUUCAUGACCUUCGUCGUGGUUUCGAAGCGUGUCGGCCUCUCAACCAUGGGUCAGUUAGCAACAGAACCCUUUUCUUCGACCCCUCCGAACCCAGACACCCAAGUCACCCCAGAAGCCCCAGAAGCCCCAGAAGCCCCAGAAGCCCCAGAAGCCCCAGCAGUCAAAGAAGCCCCAGAAGUCAAAGAAGCCCCAGAAGUCAAAGAAGCCCCAGAAGUCAAAGAAACCCCACAAGUCAAAGACAAGGCGAAAGACCAGCUGAAAAAUAAACCGUCCGUUGAAGAUGAGCUGCAAAAACCGUUCGGGCCAAUGGUCUACGGUACAGCGUCGCGCCCGGCAUUCAAGGACAUGAAGCAGAUCAUUGGCUACAUGCCGCCGGAAUUCUUGCUCGCCACCCCGGACGCAUCAGACGACGACCCGCAGUCCCCCAAGGGGAGGAGAUUGAUCUUCGUGGGCGACGUCCACGGACAGCUCUCGGCCCUCGAGGCCCUGCUGGCGAAACUCGACUUCGACAGGACAAAGGGCGACCACCUGAUCCUGACCGGCGACAUGGUCAACAAGGGGCCCGACAGCCCCGGCGUGGUCCAGCUCGCCAUGGACCUCGGCGCGAGCGCCGUCCGCGGCAACAACGAGGACCGCGUGGUGCUCGCCAACGCCGCCAUGAAGUCCCCCCCCGCAACCCUCGCAGCGGCGGCCAUCGACGUGCGCCAGGCGAACUCGACCGACGACGACGACAACACAGCGGCCAGCGCCCGGAUGGUUCGCCGUGACUCCGGGCCGGCAACGCUGGACAACCUCGAGCAAGACCCCUUCUCGCACGGCGACCAGAGCGACCGGGCCACGGCGGAAUCGCUCUCUCCGGAGCAACACACCUGGCUAGCCUCGCUCCCCGUGAUCCUCCAGGUGGGCAAGCUCGUCGGCGCCAAGUCGGCGCCCUGGGACUCGGGCGCCGUGGUGGUGGCGCACGCGGGCCUGAUGCCGGGCCUCCCGCUGCAGGCGCAGGACCCGUGGGCGGCCAUGAACAUGCGCAGCCUCGUGUACCCGGCGGUGCAGCUGCGGCGCAAGAAGGUGCGCGAGGCGCUCGAGAAGAAGGCCAAGAAGAAGUCGGACGUGACAAACGCCCACGUCGACGCCGCGCUCGAGCGCAUGCGCGAGCGCCGCCUCCGCGACGGUGUCCUCGAGGACCCGGACCGCGCCGUCAGCGUGCCCGCCGAGGGCCGCGACGGCGACCCCUGGUCCGACGCCUGGAACGCCCACCAGUCCGCAGCGGAGGACCCCCGCGACAGGACCGUCGUCGUGUACGGCCACGACGCCAGGGCCGGGCUCAAGGUCGACCCCGUCGACGGCGACCGCGCGAGGUACGCCUUCGGCCUCGACUCGGGGUGCGUGUACGGCCGGCAGCUGUCGGCGCUCGUCGUCGAGGUGGUGGAGGGGAACGUCGGGCACUCGGUCGUCCAGGUCGACUGCGAGAAAUCGGAGGCGAAGGACUCCGACUGA